GUUCUAGAAUCUUGUGCCUGGUAUUAUGAUCUCUAAACCUACAACAAUGUCUCGGACCAAGCUGAAAAUAUGUUCCCAGGGUUUCGCUCAACUUCAUUCUAUCCUGGGUCUCCCAUGCACAACACCCAGUAGAAACCUAAGCAGAACUUCUUCGAGUGAGUCCCGAGAUGUCCGAGAUACUGUAGUUGUUGGUGGAGGUAUAGUUGGAGUAUCUGUAGCCUACCAUCUUGCUAGACGGGGUAGGGAUGUUCUACUCCUAGAGAAAACUGAUCUGACCGCUGGGUCAACCUGGCAUGCAGCUGGGCUGGUCACCAUAUAUCAUCCAACACCCAACGUGAAGCGGAUUAAUUAUGAUUCCAUGAAUCUCUACGCGCAGAUAACCGCGGAGACAGGUCAAGAAGUUGGGUUUCAUCGUCCAGGUUCUCUCCGUCUAGCAACAUCUAUUCCUAGACUAGAUGAAAUGAGAUAUGCUUUGGGUCGUAAUGGACACAAAGAUGCUCCUCUGCGCUUGUUAAAUCCUGACGAGGUGGCUGAACUGGUUCCUAUUCUCAGGAUGGAUAAUAUUCAUGGUGGAUUGUUUUCUCCUGGCGAGGGACACAUCGACCCGUACAGUCUUACUCAAGCAAUUGCUAUCGGAGCAAGGAAAUUCGGAGCAAACAUUGAACUUAACACUGAGGUUCAGGGUUUAAAUCCUAGGACGGAUGGAACCUGGGACGUUGUUACUCCGAAAGGUUCAAUUCACGCUAACAGGGUUGUAAACUGCUCUGGGUUCUGGGGUCGUGAGGUUGCAAGGUUGGCAGGUCAGGAUAUGCCUCUAGUCCCGGUCCAGCAUCAGUAUCUUGUCACUAAAUCCGUCCCAGAGGUUCAAGCACUAAAGAAAGAGAUCCCAGUUCUCCGUCAUCUGGACGGAUCAUUCUAUCUGAGAAUGGAGAGAGAUGGAUUACUGAUUGGACCUUAUGAGAGUGCGGAGGUGAUGGUUCAGAUGAAAGACUGGGCGGAGAAGGGUGUUCCUCUAGGGUUCGGAAAGGAACUGUAUCCUGGAGAUCUUGACAGACUCUCACCACAUCUAGAGAAAUGCAUGGAGGACUUUCCCUGUUUUCAGACCGCAGAGAUUCAAACGGUAGUGAACGGUCCUAUUACAUAUACUCCUGAUCUGCUACCUAUGGUUGGUCCUAGUAUGCUUCCCAACAUGUGGUUGGCUCUAGGGUUCGGAUACGGAAUAGCACACGGAGGAGGAGUUGGGAAAUAUCUCUCUAGUUGGAUUUGUGACGGUGAAGCACCGUUUGAGUUGAGUGAAAUGGAUCCGUUAAGGUAUGGAAAGUGGACAACUAUGGAUUAUGCUCUGGAGAAAACAAGAGAAUCCUACGGGAUGAACAAUGCAUUUGGAUACCCUUACGAGGAGCGGUUUUCAGGGAGACCAACACAAAGGAAAACCCCCCUCUAUCAAGCAUUAAAGGAUGCAGGAGCUAGAAUGGGAUUCUCCUCAGGUUGGGAGAUUCCUCUAUGGUUUGCUGCACCCGGAGAAACUGCUGAUUAUAAACCGUCCUUUAACCGAACCAACUGGCAGCUAGAGCAGGGUCGAGAGUACGAUAUUGUCACAAAGAAGGUUGGAGUGGUUGAUUUAUCCUCGUUUGGAAAGUUUACCGUGUCAGGUCCUGAUAGCCGUAGGUUUCUCGAUUACGCUGUAGCUGGUACAGUUCCUAAACCUGGGAGAACAUCUUUAGUUCAUUUGCUUACCCCCAGGGGUAAAGUCUACGCAGAGCUCACAAUAACAUCAACUGGACAAGACAGUUUUUUGGUUGUUACUGGGGGAGGAAGCGAGCUACAUGACUUAAGAUAUCUUGAGCAGAUAUCCCGAGAUAUGAAGGUUGAUGCGAAAAUAAGAAAUGAUUCAGACAACCUAGGAGUACUCAGCCUAGUUGGACCUAGGGCCGGUCAACUCAUGACAAGGAUAUCUGAUGCUAAGAUUGAUGAUUGGAAGUUUCUAGAAGCUAGAAACCUUCAGCUUGCUGGUGUUGACUGCCUUGCAGUUAGGAUAUCCUAUACAGGAGAGCUUGGUUGGGAGGUGUACACGGAUAUGGAGAACAUGGUUCCCUUGUACAAUACUGUACUGCAGGAGGGAAAACAUCUGGACAUUGGACAUUUCGGGACCAGGGUCGUUAAUACCCUCAGGAUAGAGAAGGGAUUCCGAGCCUGGGGUCGGGAGAUGAAUAAAGAUACAACUCCAAUAGAAACUGGUCUUCUACCUUUUAUCAAAUUCAAAAAACAAUCGGAUUUUGUUGGUCGUGAUGCUCUGUUGGAAGCAAUGAAACUAGUUCCAACCCGGAGUACAGUUCAUCUCCAGAUAUCUCCGGAGAUACUAAACCUGGAACCUGAGGGAGAUGAAACCGUGAUAUGUGAAGGGAAACCAGUAGGAUACACGACAUCAGGGUGCUGGAGUCCUAUUCUAAACUCAGGUCUAUGCAUGGCUUCAGUACCUUGCCUCUUCUCGCAUCCAGGCACUCAGCUUCAUGUUCUCCUUGGAGGCAAACCUUGCUCAGCUACGGUACUUCCAGGUCCCCCUGCGAGUACAUUUAAGGGAAAUGUAUUAUCUAGCGCAUAGAAAUAUCUGAGAUGGAAACGUACGUUUGGAGGCAAAAUAAAAAUCUGAAAUAAAUUAUUGAAUUUUUUUAUAACAUUUGUUUUUCAUGUCUUUGAUCUGUAAUUUUUAUUUUCAACAUGACUUUGUCAAAGUUUGAAAUAGUUUAAAUUGAAGACGAUAUCUGGAUCGUUCCCUCAUAUUUACUAGGUAAUUUGAGACAAUUCGGGGAUUCUGUCGUUGAAAAACAAACUAUUUUGUUGAUUUUUCCCUUUUUUGUUGCACGGAGAAACUCAUGCAUCCCUCUCAUAACGAUUGAUGAACGUUUAUCAAGAUAUAUGCCAAUUGAUUAUAAUUCAAAAUGGCUAACUGGAAAUAUUUUGUUUCUUUUAACAUUAGCUAGAUAAAUAUUUUGCUAAAUGGUAUUUUUUUUCAUUUCACAUCUUAUACCGCCUUUGCUAGCUUUGAACUGGGUUUUGAACGUCGACGAGCAUCAUGUAUUUGAUGUACAAUACUGUUUGUUCCAUCCUCGACUUCACAACGUAAAUUUAAAAAAAUAUAUUUUAAAAAG